GAAGAUCUCAAAUUCCUUAAAGAUUAGAAUUCAGACUCCUACACUGAAAACGUCUCUCUCUCUCUCUCUCUCUCUCUCUCUCGCUCUCGUGUGUGUGUAUAUAUACCCCUACACGGGUCUCUCUCUUUUCUGUCUCUCUUCAAUUAGGUUUUUCGUCUUCUUCGUCUUCACAGAGUUCUUCGCUUUCUUCGGAUCUCUCUCGCGAUUUCAACAAUGGUCAGUGCAGCACAGAUCCGUAAUGGCGUCGGUAUUGUUGGGAAUGUUAUUUCCUUCUUCCUCUUCGCUUCGCCAGUGCCGACGUUCUGGAGGAUAGUGAAGAAUAAAUCAGUGGAGGAGUUUCAGGUGUACCCGUACAUAGCGACGGUGAUGAACUGCAUGCUUUGGGUGUUCUACGGUCUCCCAGUUGUCCAUACGGACAGCAUUCUCGUCACCACCAUCAAUGGCGUCGGCCUCGUCGUCGAAGCCAUCUACCUGUCCAUCUUCUUCAUCUACUCCAAGCAGCAGAAAAACACGAGGAGAAACAUCAUACUGCUAUUGCUGCUUGAGAUAGCGGCAGUGGUGGCGGUGGUUCUCAUCACGUUAUUCGCCCUUCACACCACCUUCGCCAAACAAACCUUUGUCGGCGUACUCUGCGAUGCCUUCAACAUCGCCAUGUAUGGAUCACCCUGCCUAGUUAUUGGAAAGGUGAUCAAGACGAGGAGUGUGGAGUACAUGCCAUUCUGGCUAUCUUUUGUCAGUUUUAUCAAUGCUGCCAUCUGGACUUCCUACUCUUUGAUCCACAAGCUCGACCUCUACGUCCUCAUAAGCAAUGGUAUGGGAACGUUGUUGUGCGCUUCUCAGCUCAUUGUUUACUUCGUAUACCGCGGAAGCACUCCAAAGGUUAAGGAUGCCGAGAAGCCUGCGGUGGUCGAGUUCUCUCCCUCGGCGGUUGCGGCCGCUGAAGAUAGGGUCUAAGCAACAUAUGCUUACACUGACAUACAUACAUAUAUAUGCGUUUCUCUUUUAUUUUUCUUUUUUAGCGGUAGAAGUUUGGCUUCUGUUUUUUUUUGGGGGUGGGGGCCUUUGAAGGAUUGGAAAUUUUGUUUUUAUCGGUUUUGUUGAGAAUUCAAAUUUUGGCUUCUUUGUGGAAUAUUAUUACUUUUCAGAAUAGUCUAUUGGUCAUUUACA